AUGACUGGACGCGUUGACAAAUCGAUUUCAAAGGUCGGAAGUGAUCUCGAUAUUUCUGUUAAUAGUGAUCUUCCUCGAGCCGUUCCGGAUGGCAAAUAUCCAAUGAACGAGGAGCUAGACAAUGAUGUUGACAGGGCCACCGACAAAGCUGCGCGUGGAGAAACCACAGACGAUGGUACACAUGAAGAUUGCGAAGACGAUGAUCAAGAUUUAGAAACCGACUGUUCUCCCAGCUACGCUCCUGAAAUCCUACAACAGUAUCAUACCAGUAUCGGUGGAUCCGGCGAGAAUGCACUCAAAAAGGCAAAGUCGAAACAAUUAAAGCGUUUCGGAUCCGAGGCAAAGGAGCACCUGGCUCCGGCUGUGAAACGACAGAAAAGAAAAAUCCUUCCUUCAUCCACUCGGCGGGAAGAAUCGGCGUGGGUGCCUAUGAAGGAAGACUGGGAGCCGCAAGUAGUCAGAGUGAAAGCAGUGGAGAGAGAUGAUUCCGGGAAACUGCUCGCCUAUAUACUCUUCAAGAACGGUGAGCAGAUAUGUGUCAGUAUGGAUAAGGUCCAUCGACACUGUCCCCGGCCAAUGCUGAGAUUCUAUGAAGAGCAUCUCAGGUUUGGACUAACGGAUAUGGAAUCUUGA